AAAGAGGAGCCUUUUACAAAUAAUAAAUAUUAUAAUUAGCAUCCGUCCCCUUUCUUCCUAAGAAAAAAAAAAAAGCGCCCUAAACGCAGCUCCUCGUCCCCCCUCCCUCUGCAAGCCCCCCGACUCGCUCCGCAAAGGCAUGGAGAAGGGGACCAACUGCUUCCCGACCUGCCACACCAUUUUUCUCGCCUGGACAUGGUUUUUACUCCUCUCUUGGUGUUGCACCGGCGCCGAAAUAACUUGCAGAUCCUGCUCAUCUCCAUCGCCCUCCUGGCCGACCUCCUUGUCUCGCCUUAGGCAGGAGCAGCGACAGCCACCGCCGCCGCCGCGGGGAUUACGGAGCUGGCCGGGCGGCGGAGCGCGGGGCUCGGCCGGGGCGGCGGCGGCCGCGGAGCCGCUGCCGGUCGCGGAGCCGGGGGGCCGUGCGGGGCCGCGGGGAGCGGCGCUCGGCGCGGCGGGGGCGGGAGGCGGCGCGCCCGGGGGCCGGGGCCCGGCGGCGCCGCGGCCCCGCCGGAGCAGCGAGGGGCGCCGGGGGGUGCCCGCGGCCGAGGGGCAGCGCGGCGGCCGCGCUCAGCCCCGCGGGCCCCCGGAGGACGGGAGAGCGGCGCGGCUGCGAGGGGCCGAGGAGCCGAGGCUGAGCAGCACCACCUUCGCGCUCACCGGGGAUGCGGCGCACAACCAAGCCAUGGUGCACUGGUCCGGGCACAACAGCAGCGUGAUUCUCAUUCUGACAAAGCUCUACGACUUCAACCUGGGGAGUGUUACGGAGAGUUCACUGUGGAGGUCAACAGACUAUGGCACUACCUAUGAAAAGCUAAAUGACAAAGUAGGCCUGAAGACUGUGCUGAGCUACCUAUAUGUCAGUCCCACUAACAAGAGAAAGAUCAUGCUUCUUAGCGAUCCAGAGGUUGAGAGCAGCAUCCUCAUCAGCUCGGAUGAAGGGGCUACCUACCAGAAGUACCGUUUGAACUUCUAUAUUCAGAGCUUGCUCUUCCACCCCAGGCAGGAGGAGUGGAUCUUGGCCUAUAGUCUGGAUCAAAAGCUGUACAGCUCUAUGGACUUUGGAAGAAAAUGGCAGCUCAUGCACGAGCGGGUCACCCCAAACAGGUUUUACUGGUCAGUGACCGGUUUGGAUAAAGAACCUGACCUUGUGCACAUGGAAGCCCGGGCAGCUGAUGGACACACCCACUAUUUGACCUGUCGGAUCCAAGAGUGCUCAGAGACCAAAAGGAGUGGGCCAUUUUCGCGCUCCAUUGAUGUCAGCUCCCUUGUUGUUCAGGAUGAAUAUAUCUUCAUCCAGGUGACAACUGGCGGAAGAGCAACUUACUACGUGUCAUACAGACGGGAGCCUUUUGCACAGAUUAAAUUGCCCAAAUACUCUCUUCCUAAGGACAUGCACAUUAUCAGCACAGAUGAGAAUCAGGUCUUUGCAGCUGUUCAAGAGUGGAACCAGAAUGAUACAUAUAACCUGUAUAUCUCGGACACUCGAGGGGUCUACUUCACCCUGGCCCUGGAAAAUGUGAAAAGCAGUCGAGGGCUGGAGGGGAAUAUCGUCAUUGACCUUUAUGAGGUAGCAGGGAUCAAAGGCAUAUUCCUGGCUAACAGGAAGAUAGAUGACCAAAUCAAGACUUUCAUUACCUACAACAAGGGCAGAGAUUGGCGUUUGCUGCAGGCACCGGACACUGAUCUAAGAGGGGAUCCUGUACUUUGCCAGCUGCCCUUUUGCUCAUUGCACUUGCGUCUGCAGCUCUCAGAGAAUCCAUAUACAUCAGGAAGCAUUUCCAGCAAAGAAACAGCUCCUGGGCUGCUGGUGGCCACAGGCAAUAUUGGCUCUGAGCUUUCCUACACUGAUGCUGGCGUGUUCAUCUCUUCUGAUGGUGGCAAUUCCUGGAGACAGAUCUUCGAGGAGGAAUACAAUGUAUGGUUUCUGGACUGGGGAGGGGCACUAGUGGCCAUGAAACACACAUCGGUGCCCAUUCGGCACAUGUGGAUGAGUUUUGAUGAGGGAAGAUCCUGGAGUAAAUACAGUUUCACAUCAACACCACUUUUUGUGGAUGGAUCACUUGUAGACCCUGGCAUAGAGACCCAGAUAAUGACAGUUUUUGGGCACUUCAGCCUCCGUUCUGAGUGGCAGCUGGUCAAGGUGGAUUACAAGUCUGUCUUCAGCCGAAGGUGUAACAAAGAUGACUACCAAACCUGGCAUCUGCACAAUCAGGGGGAGCCUUGUGUCAUGGGAGAGAGGAAGAUCUAUAAAAAACGCAAGCCUGGAGCCCAGUGUUCCCUAAGUCAAGAUUAUUCCCAAACUGUGGUGUCUGAACCGUGUGUCUGUGGUCAAGGAGACUUCGAGUGUGACUAUGGGUAUGAGAGGCACAGCAACAACCAGUGUAUCCCAGCCUUCUGGUUCAGCCCAUCCUCCCUGUCCAAGGAUUGCAGCAUUGGUCAGAACUACUGGAACAGCACUGGGUACCGAAGGAUUGUGUCUAACAACUGCACAGAUGGCUUGAGAGAGAAGUACAUGGCCAAGAUGGAGAAGUGCCCUGGAAAAGCACCUCGGGGACUGCACAUCCUCACUACUGAUGGAAAGCUGGUCAUGGAGCAGGGACACAAUGCCACCUUCAUCAUCCUUAUGGAAGAGGGUGAUCUCCAAAGGACUAACAUUCAGCUUGAUUUUGGAGACGGCAUUGCUGUAUCCUAUGCUAAUUUCAGCCCUGUUGAGGAUGGCAUCCGACAUGUGUAUAAGAAUGCUGGAAUCUUCCAGGUGACAGCAUAUGCAGAGAACAGCCUGGGCUCUGACACUGCUGUCCUCUUCCUGCAUGUGGUCUGUCCAGUGGAGCACGUCCAUCUGAGUGUUCCCUUUGUUGCCAUCAGAAAUAAGGAUGUCAACAUUACUGCUGUAGUUUGGCCCAGCCAGGCAGGCACACUUACCUACUUCUGGUGGUUUGGCAACAGCACCAAGCCCCUCAUCACCUUGGAGAGCAGCAUCUCGUACAUGUUCACUGUGGAGGGGACGAACACUGUAACUGUGCAAGUUGCUGGAGGCAACACCCUCAUCCAAGACACCAAGGAGAUCGCAGUGCAUGAGUAUUUCCAAUCUCAGCUCCUUUCAUUUUCUCCCAACUUGGACUACCAUAACCCUGACAUCCCUGAAUGGAGACAAGACAUUGGGAAAGUCAUCAAGAGAGCACUGGUACAGGUGACUGGUAUCCCUGAUGAACAGGUCUUGGUAGCUUUGUUUCCUGGACUACCUACUUCUGCUGAACUGUUCAUACUGCCUCAUAAAAACACAACAGAGAGGAGGAAAAGCAGUGAGGCUGAUCUAGAGCAAGUGGUAGAAAUCCUUUUUAAUGCUCUCAACCAGAACCUGGUCCAGUUUGAACUGAAGCCUGGUGUUGAAGUCGUUGUGUAUGUCACUCAGUUAACAUUAGCACCCCUUGUUGAUUCCAGCUCGGGUCACAGCAGUUCUGCGAUGCUGAUGUUGCUGUCUGUGGUGUUUGUAGGCUUGGCUGUUUUUUUAAUCUACAAAUUCAAGAGGAAAAUCCCUUGGAUUAACAUCUAUGCCCAAGUUCAGCAUGACAAGGAGCAGGAAAUGAUUGGCUCUGUCAGCCAAAGUGAAAAUGCCCCCAAAAUCACUCUGAGUGAGUUCACAGACCCUGAGGAGCUGAUGGACAAAGAGCUGGACACAAGAGUGAUGGGAAGCAUCUCAACAAUUGCCAACAGUGAAAGCACAAAGGAAAUCCCCAACUGCACUAGUGUUUAAUACUGAGAAUCCACUUGGUCUACAAUAUUUCUGACUUUUUAUUUGUAAUUAUUAUUGUUAUAAUUAUUAUUAUUAUUAUGAAAAAAGAAAGAGUUAUAUGUCAUUAUUAUCAUUUGGGAGGGGGUGGGGUGGGCUUUUUGUGUUUACCAGGGCUGCAUUCAUAAAUAGCAGGGGUUCUUCAUAUUUAGGAAAUACACAUCAGAUUAGAAAUAAAAAGCAAAGAAUGAGUCCAGUGUGCAAUGGGAUUUGAAUGCCAGCCUCCUGUUAAACACAGAACAGGAAUUAAGUAUUCAAAUCCAACAGAUAGGUACUGUACCUUAGGCAACAUGUUGUAAGUAAAUUGUCCCUUUUCAGCCCUUUUCAAACUAAGUCAUGAAUCAUCUACUUCAUUCUGCCAGAGGGUUCAGACUGGGCUGUUAGACCAGGCUCUGCAACAUGCCAACAUCCCUUGCUUCCCGAUGACGUGCAUGUCUCAGCUUUUUUGCAGGAUCUUGCCUCUUUUAAUUGCUUUUAAUUUCAGUCACCCUCUGGCACUGUUGACUGCUGAGAAAGGAAAAAAAAUCAGAGCAAACACACACAUCAGUGUUCCUUGGACUACAGACUGGCUGGAGGGGACAGCACCACAAGCAGUGGAGGAGAGUGCCUGAGUUUAUGAAUGCAGCCUAAACCCUGUGCAUGUGAAUAGCGAGGAUGCUGAAGGCCUACUGUAGAUAAUUACAAUGUACAUAGCUUUUUAUUUCUUGGGAAAUAAUUUAAUGUUUAGUAAAAGAAGAUAUGUUUAAAACAGAACCUGAACCACACACAGACAUGCACGCACACACACAUGCGUGCACACACACACACACGCGCGCGCGUGUGUGCUCGUACACGUCAGCCAACCAGGGACCGUGGCUGAAUCACGCUUUGGUUCCAAGUGUGUUCCAGUUGUCUGUCAUAUUUCAAUCUGACACUGCUGUCUAUAAGCAGCAUAGUUUAUUUCUCUGUGUAAAACUGCAAGCCUUUUUUAACAUAUAUAUAUAUGGUGUCAUUUCCUAUGAUGGGGCAGAAGGUAUUAGUGGGACAGACUGUGAGCCUGUCAUUAAUAUUUUAACGAUGUUCAUCGUUUACUCAUCUCUGUCACUGUUGUCAACUUCUGAGAAGGAUCUUGGUGACAUUUGUUAGUGAAAAUGAGGAAAACAAUCAUGAAAUUAUCACCAUCUCAGUGUGGACAAAUAUCAGUGACCUUGCAGUACCUAGUACAACCUCAACUCAACAGUGAGGCAGGCUGCAGUAGCUUUUUUCCCAGGGAGAAGUUAUGCUUUUAGCAGUUAAGCUGAUGAAGUGAAGUGCUAUUUAGGAUGUGUAAGAGUAGUAAAUUUUGGCUGAACAAGAUGUAUGCGAUUAGGGACUGUUCUUUGGAGAGGGCAAUGAAGGGUCAGACUUGUAUAAAUGAGCUAUGAAAAGUCCUUAUGAGUGCUGCAGAACAGCAGCUUCCAAUUCAGAGUGGAAAUGCCAUCAGAGUAAUUUCUGUGUGCUAGUUGAUGCUUCCUAAUUAGAGCAAGGACGUUAAUGAAGAAAAUGUAUUGAAAAAGCUCUUUAGAAAUUUUCUACUACACUGAAUUGAAGAUAUCCCUUAGGAGUGAUGGAGUUCAGAGGUAAGAAGUUGACCUAGUGAUGAGUUACUUUUAUCCAUUUUUCUUGAGUUGAUGAUGUCAAAAAUGAACCUUAUUCUGCAGAGUAUUGAGUUGUAGGACCCCACUGGAGGGAAAGGAAGAUUGAACGCGCGUCUGGGAAGAUGUUCUUUUGUUUGAGUGAUAACAGGAGGCUGAAAUGACACCAGGUGACAAUAUUUGUUGUAAUUUUUUAGGAUCUGGACACAGGACUCCACAUCAAAGGUUAAAAUCCUGAUGGGUCUGCAGAUGUAGAGAAAAGUGGUUAAACACAGUUUGGCAGAAAAACACAGGAGGUAUUUCAAGAUUAAAAUUGUAAAACCAAAACUUAGGGAAAUACUGUUUUGUGAGAAGUGCUAAAGUUAAAUAUUCUUAAUUCUUCUUCUUCAUUUCAGUCAGGCUUGUGGACCUUUUCUUUUGAUUUAAAAAUAUUUCUCUACUAUUUCUUCCCUCACUUUUCUGCUCUGAUUUCUAGUAUAAGCUGGAGAGUGAUGGCUGUGUUAUUCUAUUUAACCUUGAGUUUCCAUCCAUCACAUGUGCAUAAACUGUUGCAUUACUGUCUUUGUUCUACUGAAACAUCAAAGUAGUUUACAGUAAUGGCCUAGUCUGGUGAUAAGACUGUUAGCACAAGGCCGUAGCUUCCAUUCAGGUAUAGAUGGGAGGGAUGUUGUACAUAAACAGUGGUCCCAUGGGCCUUGAGCUAAACUGUGGGCUGAUCUCAGUCUUUGCUGAUCAUUAGGGUUCAAAGGACCAAUUUGGGGAGCUGCUGCAGAGAACUGAAUGUAAAGUACUCAUUAUUUUCUGUGUAUUAACUUUCUCUUUUAUAAACCACAAAACAAAGUUAAAAUAUUCCUUGUUGUUUGGAGUUUUCUAGGUUUUUCAUGGGAUUGAUAUAAUGUGGAUUUAACAGGAAAGGCAGGGUAUUGCAGUUUUCACAAUUUCUUUUCGCAAUUUAAUUUUCACACUUUUAAAGAUGGCUGUUAAAUGUGUCAUAACAAAUGGGAGGAAACAAAGAGGGAAAAUUGAGAGUAAGAUGAUGAAAAAAUGGAAACAUUUUCACUUCUCAAAAAGAAAUUUAAUCUCAAUGAAGAUUAGGGAAUUUCUGAAUGAUACAGUUAAUUUUUUGAGAAACAUCUAUCCAGAAAACCAUUUUCAAUCCAAAAUGAUCCUAAAAUAUUCUACAAAGCAGAUAAAAAAGAUCCAUGGAGCCAGAACUGAAUGUCAAAAAACCUGACUGAUUCUUGAGUUCUCUCAAACUUCAUGUCCCAUGAGACUUAGUGGGUGUCACUACCUCUCAGGGUAGUUUGUCACACUGCUGUCAGGACCAGGGUGUGCUCCAUGCACAUCUGAAAAGAGCUCCCUAGGGUGUGCAUGGGACCAGACUUACCAAAUCAUACCUGCUGCUUUAGGGCACAGUCAUGGCUGAUGGCAGCUGAAAAAAGCUUGUGUUCAUAACUGAAAGCUGCUCCUUUAGGAUACUAGAAGGGUAACUACUGUGUUCCAGCGGGAUACUGAGGGCUGUAUCUAUCAAUCCAUGGGACCUCUGUAAGGUUUGCACUGGGCAAUCAACACUGUUCAUCUAUUUUGGAAUGUACUGAGCUGUGGUGUUAGCACAGACUGGAGCAUUGGCCACUUUUGUUUGUGUGUGUCUUGCUGCAAGAUAACUUGAGGUUGUCAUUAGGAUUUUUUCCCCUGCAGGAAAAAUUCCCCCCUGGGGAAAAUGUAAUGGGAAUCCUUGAAGCUGUAGACUGUUACUUACCUGAGUAAUGAGGGAAAGAGACCAUGGCAUGAGUAGAACAUAAAUAGCUCCCACACUCUAGUUAUGUAAAAAGAGGAAAAGAAACAGACAGAGAGCAAGAAACUGGGUCAGUGCCCUCUAUCACUGCCAGCCUUUCCCCCAUGAUGGAUUCUACUGUAUUAGCUAUAACUUCAGAAUAAUGCAUAAGGCAUAGAGACUAGAUGCAGCUUCUGGCUCUGUAUGGCUGACAACCUGAUGUAAACACCAAACAGAUCCUCUGCUUAGUUUAACCAGUGCUUGAGACUCCCAGCACUAAGCCCAGAUGGAUCAGAGGUAAGACUAGAGCGACUGGAGACUGCAGAGGGUUUCAGACACAGUUGCCAUCAACAAGACCAUGUGCAGUAAGUGUGUGUUUUCUUCUGGACUAAGCUUUGGUUUCAUGGAUGUGCAAAGAUGCCCUGAUGUCCUCUUUUCCUUCAAUCAACUCCCACACACAUUCCAGGUCUAACAAACCAAACCAGAAUCCUCACGUGUCAGACACUGCACUAAACCCAAACCACCACCAUGAUUUUAAAGGAUUAAAUGAGACAGACAAUUGCAAUACCUGUAUUGAACACAGUAACACAACUGCAUGAGUCAUAUAUAUACAUAUAUAUAUACUGUUCUUGGUUUUAUUGUUCCAUUUGAAUAUUUCUACUGUAAAAAAAAGGCAGUGGUUUUGAAAUUGUUGAAAAUAAAUGUAUUUUUGUACAUCA